AUGUGGCAGGAGAAGAGGAUCUCAUUGGUCAGCAGCUUCGCUGCCUCGCUCUUCCUUGGUGGUUACGCAGCAAUCGACUACAGCGAUGGUUCUGGGAUGAAUCUGCUGGACAUCAGGAACAAAACAUGGUCUGGUGUCUGCCUGGAAGCCUGCGCCCCUCAUCUUGACCGACUGCUGGGACCUCCUCUGCCGUCCACAUCUGUGCUGGGUCCGGUCUCAUCCUACUUUGUUCGUCGAUACGGUUUCUGUGAGAGUUGCAGGGUUGUGGCGUUCACUGGCGAUAAUCCAGCAUCUCUGGCAGGAAUGAGGCUCCAGAGGGGCGAUGUGGCUGUGAGUUUAGGGACCAGCGACACGGUGUUCCUGUGGAUCCAGGAGCCCCGGCCGGCCCUGGAGGGCCACAUCAUGUGCAGCCCGGUGGACAUUCAGGCCUACAUGGCUCUGCUGUGCUUCAAGAACGGAUCUUUGACCAGAGAACGGAUCAGGAACGAGUGCACCAGAGGAUCAUGGGAAGUUUUUUCUGCUGCACUGAGAGAGACGCCGCUCGGAAACAACGGAAACAUUGGCUUUUAUUUUGACAGGAUGGAGAUCACUCCUCCAGCUGUGGGCGUUCAUCGCUUCGACUCAAACGACUCAGAGGUGUCCCACUUCUGUCCUCAGGUGGAGGUCCGGGCCCUGGUGGAGGGUCAGGUUCUGUCCAGGAGGCUCCAUGGUUCUGACUCAUUAAAGACCAUGUCUGUGAAGAACUUUAUAGAACCGGACCACCAGGUCCAGGUGUGUGACUGUUUGUUUGUUGUGAAGCUGAAGGUGGUGGUUCUGGAUGGACACCUGAGCCCGGUCCAUCAGGACGGCAUUCAGUUUGACGCCGAGCUGCCAGAGUUCAGGACCCAGGGAGGAGUCCACGUCCACGCUGAUGGACUGACCGUAACCUCACCGGUUUUGAUGUGGGUCAAGGCCCUGGACCUGCUGCUGGACAAGAUGAAGAGGGCGGGGCUUGACUUCUCUCAGGUCAGAGCGGUGUCAGGCAGCGGACAGCAACAUGGCAGCGUGUUCUGGAGGAAAGGAGCAUCUCAGACCCUGGACCGGCUCGACUCGGAUCAGAACCUGCACCAGCAGCUUGAGGACAGCUUCUCGGUGUUGGACAGUCCGGUCUGGAUGGACUCCAGCAGCGGUCAGCAGUGUUUGGUGGCAGAUUCUGGAGUGUCCUUCUUCGAUGUGGUGAAAGAAGCUCCAGAGCCUCAGCUGAUCUGUACGCCCCACCCCUCAGCUGAACAGGUGUACGACCAGAUGUUGAAGCGCUUCUCGCAGCUGGAGGAUCGAGUCCUGCAGGAGACUCGCACCUGAGCAGCAGCCGACCAAUCAGAGGGGCCGACCAAUUAUCAAAAUAUGAAGUUUUCAUCUAGCAGAGCAGGAGUCUCUCCUGUUACCACGGUGACGGGUUCUGCUCUAUGAUUGGUUGAAAACAUAACACCAGCUCUGAAAGCAGGAAGUUCUCAAAGUGACC